AUCUACCAAAAAAAAAAAAAAUUUUUGUACAAAGAUAGAGAGAUAGUAAAAUGCAGACAAGGGAGAAGUGUUAUUGUUGCCACUGAGCCAUUAACAAAAGAUGAUUUAAUUGACUACAUGGUACAUGGAUGCAAACCUAAGGAAAAAUGGAGAAUAGGCACAGAACAUGAGAAGUUUGGUUUUGAGUUUGAUACUUUACGUCCAAUAAACUACCAACAAAUAUCAGCUCUACUCAAUGGCAUUGCUGCGAGGUUUGAUUGGGAUAAAAUUAUGGAAGGUGACAAUAUCAUGGGACUCAAAACCGGUAAUCAAAGCAUAUCAUUGGAAUAUGGUGGUCAAAUUGAACUUAGUGGUGCGCCUUUGAAAACAUUGCAUCAGACUUAUGACGAGAUUAAUUCACACCUCUAUCAGGCCAAAACUGUUGCAGAGGAAAUGGGAAUUGGAUUUUUAGGAUUAGGUUUUCUGCCUAAAUGGAGACAGGAAGACAUACCACUAGUGCCCAAGGUACGUUACGAUAUUUUGCGAAAUUACUUCAAUAAAUUUGGGUCAAAUGGUAUCAACACAUUAUUAAUGACAUGCUCUAUUCAGGUCAACCUUGACUUCAGUUCUGAAGCAGACAUGAUCAAUAAAAUGCGAGCCAGUCUUGCUUUACAACCUUUAUCAACUGCAUUAUUUGCGAAUUCACCUUUCAAGCAAGGAGUUCCAAAUGGUUAUGUCAGCUUAAGAAGCCAUUUGUUGGGUCAAGAUGACAUAUGUCGCAAUGGAAUGCUCCCAUUUGCUUUUCAUGAUACUUUUGGGUUUGAGCAAUUUAUUGACUAUGCUCUUGAUGUACCGAUGGUAUUUAUUUAUCGAAAAAAUAGAUAUAUUGCUUGUGGUGGCAUGUCAUUCCGGGACUUCAUGGCUGGUAAACUCCCUGCUUUUCAGGGUCAAUUGCCAACACUCAGAGAUUGGGAAAAUCAUCUCUCAACAAUAUAUCCUGAGGUUAGACUAAGGAGAUACAUGGAAAUGAGAGGUGCUGAUGUGGUCCCUCAGAGCAUGCUAUGUGCUCCACCAGCUUUUUGGGUAGGUCUACUAUAUGAUGAGGUUUCAUUACAUAAUGUCCUGGAUAUGAUUGCUGAUUGGACCACCGAAGACAGACAAUAUUUAAGAAAUCAGGUUCCUUUCACCGGUUUAAAGACUCUGUUUCAAGGAAGAUUGUUGCAACACGUUGCUGAGGAUGUGUUGAAGUGGGCAAAGGCUGGCUUGGAAAGAAGAUGCUUAAAUGAAUCCAUUUUUUUGGAUCCAUUGAUUGAAGUGGUUGGAACAGGUAUGACACCAGCUGAUAAGCUUUUGGAGAUGUACAACAAGAAGUGGGGAAGCAACAUUGAUCCUGUGUUUAGAGAGUGUUGCUACUGAGCUGAAUUCGUUUUAAGAUGGAGAAUCGGAGAUAGCUUUAUAUGUGUUUGUUUAUUAAUAAUUUUUGGAAUCUUUCAACUUUCAAGCCCUAUGUGUACCAUCGAUUAUAAAAUCUUGAUAUGUGUAUAAGUCCUAUCUUAAUUGACAAAAAUGUUAAAUUGAUUGAAAUUUAAACUACAA